GCUUAUAUCAUUGUCAAUGGGUUCAAAGAAGUCAUAUUUGGCUGUGAUUUUAAUACAAGCUAUAUAUGCUGGCAUGAUCUUACUCUCCAAAGCAGUGUUCAAUGGUGGCAUGAACAGUUACAUUUUCAUGUUCUAUAGACAACUAGUUGGAACUGUUUUCUUAUUCCCUCUCGUCAUGAUUUUUGAACGGAAGAAUGCAACACCGCUGUCAUUCAUGAUCUUCUGCAAAAUAUUUGUGCUUGCUUUUGUGGGGAUUACUUUGUCCCUGAAUAUUUAUUGUGUCGCCCUUAUUUAUACAUCUGCAACUUUGGGUGCUGCAACAGUAAAUUGCCUUCCUGUCACAACAUUUUUCUUCGCAGUGUUGCUCAGGAUGGAGAAAGUGACCAUGAGGACAAUCCCUGGGAUUGCAAAGGUUGCAGGUUUGAUAGCGUGCAUGGCUGGUGUGAUGAUCCUUGCAUUUUAUAAUGGCCCUCAGAUGAAACCCUUAAUCCAUCAUCCAUUAUUUGGACUUCAUAAAAACCAAGAUCAUCAACUUCAUGUUUCUUCUGGCAAAAAUUGGACACUGGGAUGUUUCUUUUUGUUCAUUUCAAUCAUUUGUUGGGGUUUGUGGCUUGUACUUCAGGCUCAGGUUCUCAAAAUUUACUCUUCAAAGCUUAUCUUCACCAACCUUCAGUGCCUAUCAAGUGCAAUUCAGUCAUUUGUUGUAGCCAUUGCUUUUGAAAGAGACCCUCGUCAGUGGAAGUUGGGCUGGGACCUUAGAUUACUAACAGUUGUCUACUGUGGAACCAUGGUGACUGGAGUUUCAUACUACUUACAAGCAUGGGUGAUAGAAAAGAAGGGGCCAGUUUUCCAAGCCAUGUCAACACCACUAAAUCUGAUAAUUACAAUCAUUGGCUCGGUGUUUCUCUUAGGCGAUGUCAUUAGUUUAGGCAGUGUCUUAGGUGGGAUCUUGUUGGUUGUUAGCCUUUACGGCGUUUUGUGGGGAAAGAGCAAGGAACGAAGUGUUGAAAUCCCAAGCGGUGCACAAGUUCAAUCUGAAAUACCACGUAUAGAGUCGAAAGAGGAAGAGGUGGCUAGUAAUGAACCACCCUCGCUUGUGUGAUAUAGCCAGGAGUUCAGUAUUUUAAUGCAACCAAGCUCCUCGAGAAGGCAUGAGAAUUGAUUGAUCUAUUUGCUAGUGAUCGCUCCAUCCAUAUUUCAAAAUUAUGUGGAACCAUAAUCAUUAUGGAAUGCAUGAAUUCCUACCCUCAAUAUGAACUAGUUUCAACUCUCCCUGUACUUUCGCUUAAUGAAGUAUUAACCAACUCAAGUUGGUGUCUCACGAAGAAGAGGUUACUAGUUUGAAUCUCUCCUUCCUCUCUUU